UCAUCCGAAUUUUAAAAGUAUCACUGUUUCAUCAACCAAAUCGUGUGCACCUCAUCGAAAAAAAAUGAGACGAGUUUUUCUUAUUAGUGCCCUUUGUGGUCUCGCCGCCUGUGCCGGCCCCAACCAAUACCUGCCCCCAAACCGAGGUUCCUUCAGUGGAAACAACCGCUUUUCCUCCCCUUCAUUCAGUGGCGGCAGUGGAGGCGGCGGUUUCUCCUCCCCCAGCCAACAAGUCCCAAUUCUUCGCCUUGAUAACAACAAUGAGGGUGAUGGAAACUACCAAUACGCCUACGAAACGGGUAAUGGGAUUGCCGCCCAAGAAAGGGGUCAAUUGAGAGGUGGUGAUUGGGUGGCUGCUGAUGGUUCCUUCUCGUUUACUUCGCCAGAAGGUCAACAAUUCAGUAUUACGUAUACUGCUGACGAAAAUGGGUUCCACCCGCAAGGUGCCCAUCUUCCCACGCCUCCGCCAAUUCCUGAAGCGAUUUUGAAAUCGAUUCAACAGAAUUUGGCCGAAGAAGCUCGUGGGGGGUACCAGGAUGAUGGGCAAUAUAAUGGGGGACAUGGAGGGUCUGGAAGCUUUGGAGGGUCAGGGUCUAGAGGGUCGUCUGGGUCUGGUGGAUACAGAUAUUAGUUUUCCAAAGUGAUUGUUCAAUAAAGUGCAUCUUAGAAUAAUAAAUUAUACACAAUUA